GACGACGAGGACGACGGCGACGAGGAAUACGACCCCGCCGAGCGUGUUGCCUCCGCCUACGACGCCUCGCAGUCCCGGUUUCAGCGCGGCUCAGGUCCUGGAACAGAUAUCCUCCAGCGUCGACCAAGAAGACGAAGAAGACUACUGCGAUUCCGAAGAGGAGGACGUUUCGGAAGAUGAAGACGGUGAGGAAUACAACCCCGAGCGCGACGCGGACGACUACGGAGACGACUCGGCCUCGCGGUCGAGCUCCUCUUCGGAGGAAGAUCCGGAGGAAGAGCCGGAGGAAGAGCCGGAGGGAGACGCGGCCGCUGCCCGAGAGCGAGACAGAGAGCCAGACAGAGCCAGAGAGCCAGAGCGAGAAAGGGAGACGUUGCUGUCGAAAAACGGCAAAAUCAAAUGGUCCUCCGCGGCCUAUCGCGGCCCGGACCGACCCCGCGCCAUCCGCCAGCCCUGCCCCGCCGUGACGCCGGGCCCCACGGCCUACGCCGCGUCGCGAGCGCUCGACAUCGAGUCCGCCUUCCGGCUGUUUGUCACACCGGCGAUAGAAAGGAUCAUCGUGGACAUGACCAAUCUGCAGGGGGUGAGAAAAUACGGCGACGGCUGGCGACCCAUGGACUCCACCGACCUGCGCGCCUACGUAGGGCUGCUGAUCCUAGCCGGCGUCUACAGGUCCCGAGGCGAGGCCGCGGCCAGCCUGUGGGACGCCGAGAGCGGCAGGACCGUGUUCCGCGCCACCAUGCCGCUCAAGGCGUUUCACAAGUACUCGAGGCUGCUGCGAUUCGACGACCGCCAGUCGAGACCCGCGAGACUCGCCACCGACAGACUGGCGGCCGUGAGAGAGGUGUGGGACCUGUGGGAGGAGCGGCUGCAGGCCCUCUACAACCCGGGGCCCGAAGUGACGGUGGACGAACAACUGGUCCCGUUCAGAGGACGCUGUCCUUUCCGACAGUACAUUCCCAGCAAGCCGGCCAAAUACGGCAUCAAGUCGUGGGUGGCCUGCGACGCCAAGUCCAGCUACGCUUGGAAGAUGCAAGUGUACACCGGCAAGGCGGCCGGCGGAUGCCCCGAGAAGAACCAGGGCGCGCGCGUCGUCCUCGAUCUGACCGAGGGACUGCCGACCGGUCACAACGUCACGUGUGACAAUUUCUUCACCUCCUACGAACUCGGGCAGCGGCUCCUCGAGAGGAACCUCACCAUGGUGGGCACGGUGCGAAAGAACAAGCCCGAGCUCCCUCCCGCGCUGCUCCAGUCCAAGGGCAGACAGGUCUCGUCCUCCAGGUUCGCCUUCACGCCCACCGCCACUCUAGUGUCCUACCUGGCAAAGAGAAAUAAGAACGUGCUGCUUCUGAGCACGCGGCACGCGGAGCCUGACGUCAGCGAUCGCCGAGACCGGAAGCCGGCCCUCAUCCUAGACUACAACUGCAACAAGGGCGGCGUGGACAACCUAGACAAGGUGGUCGGGACCUACAGCUGCAGACGGAUGACCGCCCGCUGGCCCCUGGUCAUCUUCCACAACAUCCUCGACGUGUCCUCCUACAACGCCUUUGUCAUAUGGCGAGAGAUCAACCCCGACUGGAUGCCCGGGAAGCGGAACAAGAGGAGGGUGUUCCUGGAGCAGCUCGGAAAGGCGCUCGUGAAGCCCUUGAUCCAAAGAAGGCAGCGUCUCCCCCGCACCGAAGCCGCGUCCGCACUUGUCAAAGUCAUACGGGGCGAGCGUGUAUCCGCCGAGGAUCGUCCGCAGGCCCGCGAGCGAGCCGCCGGCCCGGCCGCCGCCGCCGCCCCGGCCGCCCCGCUGGGGGCGAGUAAGAGGAAGAGGUGUCAGGUCUGCCCACCCAAGAAGGACGCCAAGACACACACAGCGUGCUGCAGGU